UGAGACAGGGAGAGCUGCCUUCUGCUGGUGCUGACCCAGCCCUGUGUUGGACAUGAAGAUCUGCUCCCUGGCCCUGCUCACCCUGCUGCUGGCAGCCCCCUGGACUGGAAGCCAGGGCAUGUCCCUCCGCAGGUCCCACUCCGUGUGCUGCCACAAGGACAUGUUCAUCUGGCGCAAAAUCCCAGCAUCCAAAAUCAAGAGCUACCGGGACACGCCCUCCCUCUGCUCCCGCAAGGCUGUGAUUGUGGAGCUGCAGAAGGGGACAGUCUGUGUGGACCCAAAGGCGAGCUGGUUCCAGAAGUACCUGAAGGAAGAGAAGUCAAUCAGCACCUCCACGUGAAGCUGCCUUCUCUAUAAGCUCUAUUUAUUUGUUUCCUGUAAUUAUCUGUAUGUUCUUGUGUCAUUCAUUUAUGGAGCUGGCUCUGUCUCCUAUCCUUCCAUCGCCCCCUCCGUUGUCCAGUCCCUCCCU